CAGGACUCUUUGCUGCUUUUACAGAUCCAGACUAACACGGCUACCCCUCUGAGAAUUGGAGAUAGUUCACCUCCCAAUGACUUCAGAAAUAUCUACUUCAAUUAUCUUUGGUAAACGAAAUAACCAGUCAUUUAUUUUCUGAUAUAGCUGUAAAACUCAUCUGAAAAGUUUUCAAAAUAAAUCCCUGUUUAAAAAUGUAUCGUGUGUACGGUACCUUCUACAAAUGAAACCGACAGCUAUCUCUGAGUUGUGAAGAAUAUGUAUUAAGCUUAUAACAACCAAUGAGAAUGCACUUUUAUGUAGAAAACCAUGAUUAAAUCGAGUCUUCCUGACCAGUGGUUUAAAUACUGAUUUCAAUCAAAUCCACCCUGCCCGCUGUGUUCUUUCCCCUGGCCCCUUCAUUCCCCCAAAUAUGUUUGGCACCGGGCCCACAAAAGGUUAAUCCAGCCCUGACUGGGCUGACGGGAUUUUGCAAGGGCUGCCCGGCGAGGCAUUGGUGGAGAAGAUGCCCCCCACUCCCCAGUUGCUCGAAGCAGACACAAGACGUCUGAGGCCUUCGCCAGAGCACGGGGUGUGCGUGUGCGUGUCUGUGAUAAUCCUCUUUGCCAGAUCUUGGCUCAGGUGAGUCUCUUCACAGGUGCGUGGGUGCUGGGAGGGGCCCCACUGGAGCCAGCUUGCACCUGGCCUACAGCUAGAUGCAAUUAUCCAGGAGCGAGUCAGCAAGCCAGACGUGGUCUGCAGGGCGGAGCUGCCAAAAAACAAUCUCCUUCGCCCGCUGGGAGCUGCUCUUAAUGUCCCAACUCACCGGCUGGAGGGAGCGUGAGCAAACCACCUCCUGACAUUGCCCCAUGGCCACCUACACCGUCUGGGUGACCACCGGGCAGGGCCUGGCGGCCAGCACCUGCAGCGCUAUCUCCAUCACCCUGGUGGGAGCUCACGGGGAGACCCCCAAGCACCGGCUGGAUCAUGAAGGAAAGGACUUUGCUCCCGGAGCUGUGGACAUAUACCAGGUGCCCAGCGCACAAAGCCUGGGGCCGAUCGUGCUGAUCCGACUGCACAAGGAGCCCUAUUCCUUCUUCCCCUCGGACGGCUGGCUCUGCAACUGCGUCCAGGUGACAUCGCCCGAGGGGGACACCUACCGCUUCCCCUGCUACCAAUGGAUCGAGGGGUACCGCACCGUGGAGCUGCGAGAAGGGGCAGCCAAAACCGUGUCUGAGGAUGCCCAGCACCCGCUGCUGCUGCAGCACCGGCAAGAGGAGCUGAAGGCACGGCGGGAGGCCUACCGCUGGAAGGAAUAUGCCCCCGGGUGGCCAAGGUGCCUGGACGUGGCGACCGUGGAUGAGCUGGACUCCAAUGACAAGUACAGCCUGACCAAGACCACCAUCUUCAUCCUGCGCACCAUUAAAACGGAGCUGGAGCUGAAGCUGAAGGGUUUCUCCUUAUGCACGGGCUCCUGGGAGAAGCUGGAAGACAUCCGGAAGAUAUUCUGGUGUAACAAGAACCCCACUUCAGAGUACGUCUCCGAGCACUGGCAGGAAGAUUCAUUCUUCGGGUACCAGUUCCUGAAUGGGGUCAACCCGGUGGUGAUGCGGAAAUGCACAUCGCUCCCGGAGAACUUUCCUGUGACGGAGGAGAUGGUGGCCAGCUCCCUGGGGGAGGGCACCACCCUGCAGGACGAGCUCAAGAAAGGGAACAUCUUCCUGACGGAUUACAAGAUCCUGGAGGGGAUCCCCACCACGCAGCUGAACGGGAAACAACAGUACCUGGCCGCACCGCUCUGCCUGCUGCACCUGACACCUGGCGGGCAGGUUAUACCCUUGGCCAUCCAGCUCAGCCAGCGCCCGGGCCCCGGCAGCCCCAUCUUCCUGCCCAGCGACCCCCAGUGGGACUGGACCCUGGCCAAGAUCUGGGUGCGCCUGGCCAACGUCCAUGUCCAUGAGGUCAACACCCACCUGCUGGAAGCUCAUCUCCUCUGCGAGGUCUAUUGCAUGGCCACACUGCACCAGCUGCCCAUGUGCCAUCCUGUCUACAAGCUCCUGAUCCCCCACACCCGCUACACCCUGCACAUCAACACCGUGGUUAGGACCAGUCUCAUCCAGCCGGGAGGGAUCUUCGACAAGGCCUCCUCGACGGGUCGGGCCGGGAUGCUGAGGCUGCUGGCCAAGGGCAUGGAGAAUGUCAGCUACGAGGCGCUCUGUCUGCCGGACGACCUGGAAGCUCGUGGGGUCACCUUGCUCCCCAAUUACUACUACCGGGAUGAUGGCAUGAGGAUCUGGACAGCGGUGGAGAGCUUUGUCUCUGGCAUCAUUGGGCUGUACUACCAGAGUGACGCCACUGUCGAGAAGGACUCCGAGCUGCAGGCCUGGGUGGCAGAGAUCUUCACCGAAGGGUUUUUGGGCAGGAAGUCGUCCGGUGUCCCCUCCACAUUGCAGACCAGAGCUGAGCUUAUCAAGUUCCUCACCAUGAUCAUCUACUGCAGCUCGGCCCGGCAUGCGGCUGUCAACAGCGGGCAGCUUUUCCCAGGGACACACUGGGUAUGUCCACACUGCACAUGCAGCCCGGGGUGUGACUCAGGUUUGAGGCCAAGCCCUCCUGUCGUCCACACACAGACCAAUCUGACUUGGGUCAGGACCCAGAUCCUCGGACUUCGCUGGUGGGUACGAUUUCGCCGCCUGGAUGCCCAACACACCAUCGACCUUGAGAGCUCCCCCGCCCACCUCCAAGGGCACCGCGACCUUGCGCAGCGUCCUGGACACCCUGCCCGCGGUGAACGCCACCUGCGCCCUCCUCUCCCUCCUCGCCGUCGUGAGCUACGAGCCAGGAGACCUGAGACCCCUGGGCUGCUACCCUGAGGAGCUCUUCACUGAGGCAGAGCCCAAGCGGCUUAUUGCCGCCUUCCAGGCACGUCUGGCGGAGAUCUCCAAGGAAAUCCAGCAGAGGAACAAGUCGCUGCCCAUUCGUUACCCU